AUGGACGACCCAGACAGCAACAAGGAUGAUAGCAGUUCUACAUUGCUCGCUUUGAGAAAUUCCAUUGUCGCUCACAAUGAGAAUUUCGAUGCCAGUGUCAAGGGCGAACAAUUGCGGUUGGAUUUGAUGUAUCGAUGGAUGCGAUGUCCCUGUAACAUUGGUGGACGACCCGACAUUAGUUUGAGUUGGUUUGAGAAGCUGUGUCGCCAUCACUCGGAAUCACAACGGCACUAUCACACAUUGAUGCAUCUGGAAGAAAUGCUCUUGUAUCUGGACAUGCUCUUUUUGCAAGAGCAAACUCCCACAAAGAAGAAGCGAAAAACCAGUGAAGAAGAGACACUGGUGUUGGCCACGUUUUUCCACGAUGCCAUUUACAAUGUCCAUUCUUCUACCAAUGAAGAAGACAGUGCCGCUUUGUUUCAAACAUUCCUCAAGGAACUCCAAUCGGGAGGUGUCACGACUAUCACCAAUGGACUGGAAGAUUCCGUGGUAGAAUUGAUUCUGGCCACCAAACAACAUCAAGUAUCCACCGAAAAUUCACCCUUGCUCAGUCUCUUUUUGGACCUCGACAUGGCCGUACUGGGAAAAGAACAAAAUGCCUAUUUGUGUUAUGCUGCCUUGAUUCGAAAGGAAUAUCAGCAUGUGCCGCAUGCAGUGUACUGCGAAAAACGAGCUGAAGUCCUCGAAACCUUUUUGAAACAACCACAAAUCUUUGGCACACAAGUCAUGCUAGAAGCCUUUGAACAACGAGCACGUGACAAUCUACAAGCUGAAAUUGAGUCUCUGAAACAGGGACAAAUUCCCACGGGAAGAAACAGCAGCAAUAAUGCUGCUACCAACGAGGAGAGAUGA